CAACCCCUUCCGCUCCCCUCUCUCCUGGCUGUCACACGACGGGCACAGCGGUGAUAGCGUGCAGCAGUGGCAAGCCGGGUGGAAUUGGUUGAAGGAGCUGCGCUACGACUAAGCACGGGAUUAUGGCCGAUCUUCAGGCGACGGUCGAGUUCGCGGUCGAGUUGUACAAGUUCUACAAUGUGGAUCUGUUUCAGCGCGGAUUAUAUCAAGUGCGAUGCUCGCUGCGCGUCUCCCCCCGGCUUCCGGUGCAGGUCGAAACCUGUCUGCCCGAUGCGACGACGGCCGGCAUUCCCUCGGUGCAGUCGGUGCUGAGCCAGAAUGGCUGUGGAAGCAACAGCCACAACUCGAACAACUCCAAUAGCAACAACAACAACAACAACAACAGCAACUGCAACACCAUCAACAAUGGCACCAGCAACGGAAGUGUUGGGGCGGGCUCGAACACCAGUGGCAUUGUGAGCGGUGCCGGAACCGCCGGAAGCGGUUCCCUGCCGAGCAGCAACACGGGCAGUGUCGGUGGCGGUCUGGUCGCCAUCGGUGCCUCGACUGGCAAUGGGAACGCACCGUCGGUCGGGUCGGCUAGCACGACUGGCCGGCCGGAUGUGGGACCGUGCCUCUCGUCGACGGCAAGCAGUGGCGUGAUCGGCGGUGGCUCGAUGUCCUCCAUGCCGAGCAGCAGCUCGAUGCCGACGCCCAACUCGGCCAUCACCACCGGCUCCUCCAUUGCACCGGGCAGUGCGCCGGGACCCGGCUGCUCGAAUGGAUCGAGCGGUGCUGGUGGUGGUGGAGGGGGAGGUGGUAGCAGCGGUAACUCUCCGACGGCCAGCUCGGACAGUCGGUCCGGUGCGACCAUCAUCGACGACACUGGGGCGUCUCGUGUCUUUCAGAUCCUGUACCGGAACGAGGAGGUGUCGUUGCGUGACGUUAUCAUGUUCCGGGCACAUCUGCUAGUUGACAGUCGCCACCUGAAGGAGUCGAUCGAGCGUGCUGAGUUCUCGCUCAACCUCGAGCUGUGGUUCGGCGAGCAGACGAACGGGAACGUCCUGACGCUGGCCUCGACGCGCACCCUGCAGCUGAACUUUCAUCCUGGUCGGGGGCUACACUACCAUCUGCCGGUGCUGUUCGACUACUUCCAUCUGGCUGCCGUCAGUGUCGGGAUUCAUGCGAGCCUGGUUGCCCUUCAUCAGCCUUACAUCAAGUAA